AUGCGCGAUGCGAGGGUGCCGUUGCACGAGCUGCGCACGAGCUGGAGCUUGUCGGCCGCCGAGACAAUGCGGCAGCAACCAUCGGCCUCCAACUGCGACUUGCGGCCGUCGCUGCGGGCGCUCGGGCCGGACGGGGCCUUCCAGGCGGGCCUGCGCAGCGCCUUCAACCUCGAUCCCUCUGACGUCGCCCCGUUGAGGCUGUCGGCAAUCGGCGGCUGUGCAGUCAUCUUUGCGUACGGCAUUGCGAGUCCGCUGCUCGAGGUGGUCGCGCUCAGCCUGGGGAUGGAUAUUUUGCCGUUCGUCACCGCCGGCCAGACCCUCCUCAUGUUCGCCGUGAACCCUCUAUAUCAGUACGCCCAGCGCCGGAUGCUGCCCACGGAGCUCAUCGGCAUCGCCUAUCGCCUCAUGGCGGGGAUGCUCCUCGCCUUGGAGGCCCUCGCCACGGCAUGGCCGCACAGACGUGCGGUGGCCUACUGCCUGGCCGUCUACGGCGGCAUCAUCGCCACCUACCCGCCCGCGCUCUACAACUCGUUCCUCGCGUCGGUGCACACGCGGCCGGAGGCAAAGCGGGUGUACGGCAUCAUCUUCUUCGGCAAGCAGGCGGGGCUGGUGCUGGGAUCGGUUGCGGCAGGGCUUCUAUUUGAGCGCUUUGGUCCCCCCACUAUUUUGGUCGCGUGCGCGACGUACGAGGCCACCACGCACCUGGUGCGUCACGACGGCCGUGGUGACGACAGUGGAGGCCGCGCUGACUGCGAUGCUCCGGACGACGCGAGCUCGGCAAGCGAGGCUAGCGCGGCGCGGGCGGAGGCGUGCUGCUCCUCUGCGUUUGGGGGCGCGUGCAUCAUCGCGAGGAACAUUACGCUGCGCUGGCUCGCCUGCUACAAGUUUGUGUCGAUCAUGAUCUACCACGGCAUUUGGUUCGAGCGCUCCGAGCUCCUGACCACCGCAUUCGUGUCCGACGUCGAGCGAGUCGCAACGGUGGCGAAGCUCCAGCUGGCAUACGGCUGCGUCACGUUGCCCGUGCAGCUGCUGCUAUUUGCGCGGCUCAUGCGCACGUGCGGCUACCGCGGCUUGCUCGCCGUCAUGCCCUGGACUAUGGUCACCGGGCUCAUCGCCUCGAUCGUCCACCCGGGACUGGAAGUCCUCCUCGUGCUGGACACGCUGCGCAAGGUCAUCGAUUACACGAUCACCAAGCCCGCGCUCGACACGCUCUACUGCGACCUGCACAGCGACACGCUCUGGCUCGGGAGGCCGUUAAUCGAUACCCUCGUCCACCGGAUGGCCAUGCUCUGCGCCGCCGCCGUCUUUGGCCUGACCCGCCUUGUCGGCGUCCAGCCGUGGCAACGGCAGUGCUACCUGCUCCUCUUGUCGCUGGUCCUGGCGGCGACCAGCUGGCGGUUGACCUUGCUGGCCGGCCGGUCGGACCGGCUGAGCGAGCCUCGAAAGGUGCUGGUUUAA